AUGCUUUCGAUUAAAUUAGGAUUGAGACUUACCCUCCUCCUCAUCUUCAAUUGGACACUACUCCUAUUCUACUUUGCUUAUAUGACAUAAGACCAGGAGUUUAACUUGGCAGAGACAAAGUUACUAAUAAACAACAUCUUUGAGCAUCAUAUUUAUGAAUCAGACACAAAAGAUCAGAUUUAAAUCGACACUUAAAUAGAAGUGGGUGAGGAGGAGGAAUUCUAAUUUGGAGAAGAGAUUGAAAAAGAAAUUUAAUUUAUUGAUGAUACCAAAGGAGAUCUUGUGGCUGUGGGAGAUGAUGAUGUAGACACUAUUUAUGAUUAUACAAUAUAAGCCUUGAAAGACAUCAAUCCCAUCAAACAAAGCAUUUUGUCUACUAAUGAACCUAUUCGUUAAUAAACAUAACUCAAUAUCCUCAAAGAUAAUCAUUAUUGUGAAUUAAAUAACCUAUACGUUAUAACGAAUCCUUAAUUUCCAAUUAACAUAAUCACAGAUUAUCCAAAUGAUAAUGUUAUCACCUUUGCCUUAGAUGCGGCAGGCAAAGAUCUACUCCCAGAUGUAAUACUAGAAAGUAAUAAAUUAUAUCAUCUUCCAUUCAAUGCCACCAUCUUCUUUAUGGAGAACCUUAAUUUUCAUAAGUAUUUUGAAAUUGGCUCCUAAUUUCUAUGCAAUUUCCAAGCUUACAAUCACAUUCCUGGAAUAGAAAUAUUAUUUAAAAAGUCAUCUCUUUAUUAGAUUCUACAGAAAACAGAAGUACCUAUUCCAGAAACAUUCAUUAUGAAUAACAUUACAUAAUGUUUAGAAUAUUUUAAGCAAUACAAGAACUUAAACGAGUCUGAAUAUUUGGUUAAGAAUCACAUUAAACGAUAAAUUUAAUAAUAAACCCUUGAACACAAAUACAUCAGAAGGAAAUAUUAAGAUGGCAAAAAUUGUGGCAUUGUGAUUGAUGAUCUUAUCAUAUAAAAGAAGGUUGAAAACAGACAAAAGAGAUUCUUUGCAAUGUUGUUCAUUAGCUUUCUAGAUCCAUUCUAGUAUUAGAUUUUCGAUGGCUUCUAUUAUAAGAUAUAAAAAGGUGUUCCUGUAGAUCAUUAAAGAUAUAAUGAGACUAUUAGCAAAAUGAUCACCGAUCAAGUUGAACAAUUUAUACACAAAAUCACAAUCCUCAAAGAUAAUAGAUUCUUCUCACUUCUGAGAAUGGAAUUUAUUGAAGCAGAUGAUAUCUAUCUUAUGUCUAUAACCCCUGAUAUUGAUAAAGAUUCAUAGAUCAAAGAUUAUAUGACAAGUCUUGUAGUCUCUACAUUGUAAUUAAUUAAUUUCCAAUAAAUCCAAAGACUAUCUCUGUAUCAGAUUGAAAGUCAUUAUCAUUAUUGAAUAUUAGUUAACAAAUUAUAUAAAUUAAACAAAAA